AGCAGAAGAGUUCCCCAGAAUAAUAACGGCGAUCUUCAAACAAUGCUCAUUCUGCAUGCUCCCCUCCACCGCUAUUCUCGGCAACUUUCCUCUCCUCCCUACUCCGGCGUCGGCGACAACCGCUCUCCUCCCCACACCGUCACGAAGCAGAUAAAUCCGGUGACCUCGAGAAACCACAUCGUACAAAUGCAAAAACCAACCGCGAUCAAAUUAAUUUCUUCUUUAUGGGGUGCUUCAUAGUUUGCUUAAAGUGGGAAGAACCAGUUUCUUAGUCAUAUGGUAAUGUUCAUCAGUGAAUAAAGAUUCAAAAUUUCUUCAAAUUGAGGAAAUAUUCUUGAUUGGCUGUAAUUUUCAAGUAUGCAUUGGAAAUGGCGUGACAGAAGAAGGGUAUCAUCAUGUUUGAAUAAUCAACGCACAGAAUUAGCGAGUUCGAAAAAUAGGAGAUUUAAAUUGAUGCAGAUUGUUGAGUUGUUAUAAAGGAAUAUGAAAGAAGGCAACGGGCAAGAGGAAUUGCCAUCAUCACCAUACAGGGUAUUACAGCAAAUCUCUGAGGAAGCAGUAAGAGUGGCUGGUGAGGCACUGCAAAAUGUUUACUCUAGCAGUAGUUCAAAAUUUUCCACAACUGGGGUUGGGCAUAGAAGAAGUCGUAGUGAAAUAGUGACUUCUUCUGUUAAUAGAAGUGGCAGUAACUUCACGAAAUGGAAGUCUCAAAUGCAAAAGACUUUGCGGAAUUGGGGUUCUACUUUACAGGAAGACAGCUCGUUUUUAUCCUUUAAUCCUGAGGUUUUAGCUAAUCAAAAGCGACAGUGGUAUCAGCUUCAUUCUAAAACCUCGGAUUAUAAGAAAUAUAAGGAGCCCGACUCACUUUUUGAGCACUUUGUUAUCGUCGGUCUUCAUCCAGAUGCUAAUCUUGAGGAUGUCGAGGAUGCAUUUGCCAGGAGAAAGAAAUGGGAAGUACAGUUAGAAACAUCUGACAUGGUGGAUUUUAGAAUGCUUUCAAAUUGUGGUCCUUCAGUUCCAUCUCUAGAACCUCAGGUACUCUUUAAGUAUCCUCCUGGAAAGAAGCUAGCUAUGCGUUUGAAGGAUUUGGCAGCAUUUUGCUUUCCUGGAGGUGUUAAGGCACAUGUGAUGGAAAGGACACCGUCAUUUAGUGAAUUAAAUGAACUGGUCUACGGGCAGGAGCAUUUAGGCAGAGAUGACUCAUCGUUCGUAUUUUCUCUUAAGGUGGCAGACAAUGCUACCCUUUAUGGUGUAUGUUUACAUGUACCAGAAAUUGUACAGAGGCCACCAGCUAUCUAUGUUCCUUCAUCACCCCCUUCCCAAUCAUCAAUUGGUCGCAGUCGGUUUUUGGUUUCUGCGCCUCGCUGUUAUUGUCUUUUGACAAGAUUCCCUUUAUUUGAAUUGCACUACGAGAUGUUGAACAGUGUAAUUGCACAAGAGCGCCUGAAUAGGAUAACACAUUUUGUUAGUGAAAUAAAUCUCACUGAUUUUAUCCCCUCUGCAUCGAAAAUGAAUGAUGCAUCAAAUGCAAGCGUUGAUUCCUCUUACAGGGAUGAUGAAGCAGAUUGGACAUCUUCUGCAAUACCAGUUGACAGUGCAAUUUCUCUUACUGCCGCUGCAGCUGGGAUAAUCUCAGACGAUGAGGUUCCCUCAUCAUCAUCAAAGUGGGAAGUUUCUUCACCUGUAAGUGCCACUGCCAGUGAGGCGUCAGAUCAUAGUCAAACAAGAGGAUUUGGUAAGGAUGGGGGAAGGAACAUCCAUUAUGUUGAUGAUUGUGUAUCUGAAGCCUCAGAAAUUCGAUCUGAUAGUACUGAAAGGGUUUAUGGAAUUCAAGACAAUUACCGAACCCCUGAGAGUGGGCCUUUUGUCUUCUCAAAAGUCCAUUCACUGGAGCGUCUUGGAAGCUUUGAAUCCUUAUUUAGUUCAGCAAGAAGUAUGGCAUCUGAGGAGGAAGAUGAUGACUUAUUUUUCAGCAAUGACAAGGAUGCCGGGUGUGAGAUGAUCAUGGAGUGGGCUAGAGAGAAUAAGAAUGAUUUGCUGCAAAUAGUUUGUAGUUAUCAUUCCUUGCCUCUUCCACCACGAGGAAGUAAGAUUACUUUUCAGCCCCUCGAACAUCUGCAGGCUAUUGAAUACGAGAGAAUUUCAGUUUGUGAACUCGGAAUUUGUGAGAAACAUCUGGGUACAAGUAUGAAUGAUCCAGAUGAUAUCGCAAAGGUAAAUUUCCAUUUAGGCGCUGCUGAGGAAGCUGUUGGACUAUCUCUAUGGACAACUGCAACAAUAUGUCGUUCACUUUCAAUUGAGACUAUAUUGGCCUUAAUCACUGGUGUGCUUCUCGAAAAACAAGUGGUUAUUGUGUGCCCCAAUUUGGGCGUUCUAUCUGCUGUGGUGCUCUGUCUGAUUCCCAUUAUUCGUCCAUUUCAAUGGCAGAGUUUAUUCUUACCGAUUUUGCCUGGGAAGAUGCUUGAUUUCCUUGAUGCUCCCGUACCUUUCAUUGUUGGUCUGCAGCACAAACCAACUGAUUUGAAGAUGAAAAGUGCUAAUAUUGUCCGUGUUAAUGUAACCAAAGAUCAGAUAAAAUCUUGUUACUUGCCUCUACUUCCUCGACGUAAGGAGCUUCUAUCAGAACUGCGGCCAAUCCAUGCCAGAUUGUCACGUGAAGACUCUGUUGCUCAACGGCGUCCUAUAUACAGAUGCAAUGAAGUGCAGGCUGGAGCUGCAGCACAAUUCUUGACUGUUAUGCGGCGCUAUUUGGAGUCUCUAUGUUCGGAUUUGAGGUCUCAUACAAUAACUAGUGUACAAUCAAACAGUGACCGGGUUUCGAUACUGCUAAAGGAUAGCUUUAUUGAUUCUUUUCCUGGUAGGGAUCAACCUUUUGUGGAGCUUUUUGUGGAUACACAACUUUUCACUGUUUUGUCAGAUGCUCAUCUUUCAAGCUAUGAGAACGAGUAGUACAUUUUAGAAGAAAAGACGUGCUUGAACUAUUUGUUAUUUCAGACAAGAAGCGCCAGAGGACAUGGGCACAUUACUGGACUAACUUUUGUCAUCGCAUGUUAUUAUUUACCAAUGUUGUAGGAUAGGAAGGCGCUGUGCUUAGGCGGCAAGGGGCAACUUUAUUCAGGCAUGAUUAUGAUAACAUUGACAGUUCUUUCCUCCAAAUUUUGAAUGUACCGAUAGAUACUAUCAUAGGAAAAGAACUAGUGGUCUGAAUCGAUGCAGUGAAAAUAGCCUAAAAAGAUCAUCAUCCCCACCUUUUUUGUGGGAUUGGCAGUCUUAAGGCUGGUUAUUAUAUGACUUGAAUAUGCAAUUUGUAAUUAGUGUCAUUAUUUAGCAUGAAUCCUUUUUAGUACUAUUUGUUAUUCAAACUCAGAUUCUUCUAA